ACGGCCGUCCUGAUAAGAUUAGCUGUGAAUCAGAUCGGAAGGUGCAGAAAUAUUGGGCGACGGGACCUGACGGGAUGGACCGAUGGUGGGAAGGAGAAACUGCGUACGGCCGGCCAGGGGCUAGUGCAUAUGAUGCACCGAGAUCAAGAUAGCAUGCCGUCUCCACUCCCUCUCGCGCUCAUCGACUCAUUGCCUCUUCUCCAUCCAUCGCCAUGUCGGCCAUGCAGCUAGCCAAGCAGGCCUACACGGCCUUGAACCGCGAUAAACCUCAUUCGUCAAUAACCGAUUGGGUUGAGAUUCUCACUUCGACCAACUAUGAUGCCGAAACCUACGAUGGUAUACCAGAGCUAGUCGACUCAAUCAAUAUCCAAGCCACAGGGCCGGCGGAGGCAUCCAGAGCAAUCAGGAAGAAACUCAAACACGGCAACUCGCAUCAACAAUAUCGUGCUCUCGUCAUUCUCGGAGCUCUCGUUGAGAAUGGAGGACAUAAAUUUCAGACAACCUUUGCGGACUCCCACCUCAUGGAUGCACUCAAGGUGAUCGCCACCGAGCCACAAACCGAUCCCAAAGUAAAGAAGAAACUCGUGUCUGUGCUCCACGGAUGGCAUGCUCAGUUCAAAGACGACCCUUCAAUGACACUCGUCGCUAACCUUUACAAGGCGUGUGGGGUGGGCCCCUCGCAUCGCGCACCUGCAUCAAAGCGAAUAUCUGCGUCAUACUCGGCCGACUACACGGCAGACCCCAUUUACAAAGCCGAAGAGCGACAACGGCGAGACGAUCGUGAGAAGCGCGAACGAGAUAUGGAGGAAAGGGCACGAGAGAAGGAGACAGAAAAAAAGCGUAAGGAGGAGGAGAAGCAGAAGGCAAAAGAAGAGAAGGAGAGAAAGAAGAGGCAGGCAGAGAUGAAGAAGAAGGCUGUUGCAGGGAAUGGCAAAGUCAAGAGGAAACCUUUUGACUUUGAUCAGGAGACGCCGCAGAUCUUGACAGCGAUUGCUGCUGCUUCGCAGGCUUCCACCAACUUGGUCAAUGCUAUAACGCUCGUGAAUACGGAACAUGACAGUGUAGCGGAGAAUGAACGCGUGCAAGAGUGUCUAGGCAAAGCCAAGAUAUCAAGGAGGCAAAUUGUGCGGUAUAUCCAGCUGGUAGAGAACGAGGACAUGAUAGGCGCUCUCAUUGAGGCCAACGAUCGAAUCAUCGCAGCGCUGGAUAUGUACGACACGCUCACUCGACCCAACAUCACAGAACAGGAUGUGCAGAACGUGCAGGAAGGCUUAGCGGCAGCCAAUAUCCAAGAUUCAGAGCUUGGUAAGCUGCAGGAAAAGCAGCGGGCCGCCGUGCAACGUUCGAUGGGGCGGACCGCCGGUGCGAACGGCCAGUCGUCGAGAGGGAAGGAAAAAGACUUAGACGACAGUGAGAACACAGGGCACUCUUACGUCCAUCCCGACUUGCAGGACCUAAGUUUCGGUUCCUUGGGUGCCGAGCAGAGCAAUCUUCCCCCACCUCUUCGACCGUCCACCCGUCGCUCGUCGGACGAGGACAGUGUGCAUAGAGGUUCACUGUCGGAUUUCAGCGACUACGACUCAUCCGAUGAGGAGGCCAACAAUCACAGUCAGACUCGAGUACCCACAUCUUCGCAUGGACGGGGAUAUAGCCAGUACGUGGCAGAAGACGAAGAUGUGCGCCAGGAUACGAGGAAGGGUCUUCUGAGCGACAGUGAGGAUCCGUUUGCUGAUCCUUGAAUUCUUCUGCAAUCUGGAGGGAACACAUAUAUAUUCAAGGCUUGUGACGAUGAGUGAAGAUAUCCUCGUGUGUACGAUUAAAUGAUGUGGGCGUGCGCGUCAUCGCUACACAUUGUUCACUCAUUUGCUCCAAGCACUGCGAAAUGGAGAUAAAAUGAAAUACAAUUGCGCCUAUAUCAGGCUGCACAGGCGAACCUCGAGAUGAACACUACUGUGUACUACGUAUGCUACAAUUGGGAUUGAAAACGAGUACAAUCUUUGAUCCAAUACUGUCCAAGCAGCCGGCCAGGCGAUGAACUACCUGGCUAGUCGACCACUCAUGCUCAAGCAAUCGUGAUCUUCUUAGCAGCGGCCUCCGGCGUGUUCUUCGGGAACCUCACCGUCAGCACGCCGUUCUCCAAAUUGGCCUUCACGUCCUCGC